CAUAUUUUAUUUAUAAAGGUUUGCUAACUGCACAUGUUUGUGCAAUAAAGCUCAUGUACAUUCCACACGUGUGCCAGCAUGGCACGUAGGUGCAAGAUCCAAUCCAUUCAUCAGGUUGGUUCGAGCUUCUACAUGCUUUCCCAAAAAUAGAUCUGGUCCACUCAGCAUGUGGGACCCCAUAUUGGAAAGAGGUGGAUGGGUUAGAAAACUUCAGCCAAGUUUCAGAGCUGUACAUUCUUUCUUGCAAACUGUGGCCCACCUGACCAGUGGAUCAACAUGAUUAUUGGGCUGGGGUAUCAGUAUAGUGGUGCCUUUUUUCAUGGAUGUGUUGGAUCUUGGACCUAUUAUGCCAUGCUGGUGCAUGUGUGGUGUGUACAUGAGCUUUAUUGCAUACGUGUUGGCUUAGCAGAGCUCUUAUUUAUAUAACUUGUUUAUAAAUUAUUUUAAGUACUUGUUUUAAUUGCUUGAUGAGUACGUGUAAUUUUUCUUCUCUGGUUAUUUGCAUUUAUCUGCUAAACCCAAUGUAAAUCCAAAUGAAAAGCUUAUACAAUAAGAUACGGGUAGAGACAAUCCAUAAAAAUGACAGUGCUUAACUAAAACUGUUAGUUUCUUUGGAACUCGUUAUUAAUAAAUGAUGAGUGAAAUUCGUAUAAACCAAGGAACAUAGAAAUACUCUGAUAAAACAACCACCAUACUCUUUGAAAUUGUUGAGAAAAAAUAUGAACUGGGUGGCAUACUUUCUGCAUCAUCCUGCUCUUGAUAUUGAUGACAUCACACUGGUGUUGGCGUUAGCCAAACACUCAUGUUAAUGCAAGCCGCGAACAAUGCAACUGCAAAUUUAGUACUUGCUGAGUGAAACCCAUUUGUCAAUCAAGUUGGCAUCACAUAAUCAAAGAGACAAAUGGAGAAUUAACCCUCCUUUAAAACCAAAGAGACAACUACAAAAAACCAAAUGAUAACGCACCUUUCAACUAGUCACCUCUCGAGAGUUCACACCUGACGUUGGUGCCACAUCUGUCCAACGAUGCAGCACAUGUUUCUAUAAACCUGGAAUUCACACGGUGUUUCAAUAACUUAAGUUACAUCACAUGUAUUGCCAAGGACCUCCUUUCCAGAGAUUUCGGCCUCUUUCCGGAAGUCGAGUAUCUCAGUUCAACAAUGGGGUCACAACGACUGUGACUGUUGUCCCUAUAGCUUCUCUUCCUCCAAUCAGUGAGUAUCAUACCCCAGGGGCGAUCGAGGUGGCCUUAGUUCCAGUCCUUCAGGAUUAUGAAGUUGAAGUUGAGCAGCAGUUCUCAGAGGCGUUGCAAGAGAGAGUGCUCGAUGUUACUCCCCUCUGCACUAAGAUGAUGUCUUCUGCUGCGCGGGAGGGGGAAACGCAGGAGAUCGUUGAUGGGACAUUGAUGGGGAGCAGUUUAAGCACACAGGCGAGUAUUGUUAAGGAGAAGUGAUCGAUUAGAGGUGCGCUGAUGCAUGUUGGCCGGCAAGUGGGAGUUGUGUUCAGCAACAGGGACGAAGACUAUCAUGAUCUAUGUCAAUUUGUUGAAGCUCGUGGAAGGAGAGGCCAGCUAAUAACUCCAUCCAGGAAAUCUUCAGGCCACAACAGAGAGCUGCACAGAAACCAAAGAAUGGCUGAUGAUCAGUCGGUUGUUGGGAGGAGACAGAUUUACUAUGAUCAGUACGGCAGUGAAGCACUGAUUUGUAGUGAUAGUGAAGAAGAGGUCCCAGAACCAGGGGAAGAGAAGCAUGAUUUCUCAGAAGGCGAAGAUCAGAUUUUAAGGAAGGUCCUUCAGGAACAUGGGCUAAACCAGGAUGUCCUGAAUACUCUAAGCCAGUUCAUUGAUGCAACCCCGUCUGAAAUACAGGAAAGAUACGAUGCACUCAACCAGAAAUCUCGGGAGAAGCAGGCCAAAGAUUCCGAAGGUUCUGGCGAAGUGGGAUCUGAGAGGAACAUAUUUCUAGACAAGAGCCUUAGUGCAGCAUUAGAUUCUUUUGAUAAUCUCUUCUGCCGUCGUUGCUUGGUUUUUGACUGUCGUUUGCAUGGAUGUUCUCAAAAUCUUGUUAUCCCAGACGAAAAGCAACCAUUCUCACUUGAAGUUGAAGAUAAUGGGAACCCAUGCGGCGAACAGUGCUACCUUUGGGGAAGGGAAGGUGUUCAAGACAUGCCUUCUAACAGGUCAGAAACUAGUACAAAGUGUGGAAGGGAUGAUGGAGAUUCAAACAGCAAAGAUGACAGCAUAGUCGACACAUCUUCUGACACAAGCUGCAAUGAUGUGAAAAGGGCUGCCACUGUUUCUUCAAAAGAUGCCUAUAUGGGCACAACUCCUGAAAUUGUUCCCGGAGGUCUUGGGACUGAUACAAAUGCUCAGGUAGCACCUUCUACUGAAAAUGUAGGGAAACGCAAGGUCUUAAAGCAUGGAAGUAUGUCAGUAGGAAACCCCGAGCCCAGUGACGAAUAUUUCCUGGCCUCUGUUGUUAAGAAGCAAAAAACAGUGGAGGCUUCAGAUGAGAAUAAGGAUAAUAUGGUUGCAGACAAAGCAAAUGAUGACAUUGAAGUUACUUUUGUGAAGAAGCCAUCCAAUUCUGGCCAGCGCCAAGUUGAAGCGACUAUAGGCAGCCAUGUAUGGAGCCCUAUUGAGAAAGAAUUGUACUUGAAGGGGAUAGAGAUAUUUGGGAGGAACAGUUGCCUAAUAGCCAGGAACUUACUAUCUGGUUUGAAGACUUGCGUAGAGGUAGCCAAUUACAUGCUUGAUGACAGGGGUGCUGCACCAAACAGAUCUGCCACAUCACCAAAUUCAUUCCUGGAAGAAAAUGGGAAGGGUGAUCAGGAUUACAUGGAGCAAGAAAUUCCAAAAAGAACACGAUUUUGGCGUAGAAGGGGCAGAGCACGGAAGCUAAAAUACACAUGGAAAUCCACCGGACAUCCAUCAAUUCGCAAAAGAAUGGCUGACGGCAAACAACAGUCAUGUAAGCAAUAUACACCAUGUGGAUGCCAGCAAAUGUGUGGAAAACAAUGCCCUUGUCUUCAUAAUGGAACUUGCUGUGAAAAGUAUUGCGGGUGUUCUAAGAGCUGCAAAAAUCGUUUUAGAGGAUGUCACUGUGCCAAAAGUCAGUGUAGAAGCCGGCAGUGCCCGUGCUUUGCAGCUGGACGUGAAUGUGAUCCAGAUGUUUGCAGGAAUUGCUGGGUCAGCUGUGGAGAUGGCUCAUUAGGUGAACCACCAGCACAAGGAGAUGGCUAUCAAUGUGGAAACAUGAAGCUCCUCUUAAAGCAACAACAGAGAAUCCUGUUGGGGAGGUCUGAUGUUGCCGGAUGGGGUGCCUUUAUAAAGAACCCGGUCAAUAAAAAUGAUUAUCUUGGAGAGUACACAGGCGAAUUGAUUUCCCAUAAAGAAGCAGAUAAGCGCGGGAAGAUCUAUGACCGUGCAAACUCAUCAUUCCUUUUCGACUUGAAUGAUCAGUAUGUUCUCGAUGCCUAUCGCAAAGGAGACAAACUGAAAUUCGCAAACCAUUCAUCAAACCCAAAUUGCUAUGCUAAGGUAAUGCUGGUGGCUGGAGAUCACCGAGUUGGUAUUUUCGCUAAAGAACAUAUAGAAGCCAGUGAGGAGCUCUUCUAUGAUUAUCGUUACGGACCUGACCAAGCACCCAUAUGGGCACGGAAGCCCGAAGGUUCAAAAAGAGAUGAUCCAUCAGUCUCUUAUGGCCGAGCGCAGAAAAUUGCGUGAUGGUGUGUCUGCAAAGAAGCAUAUAUGAUUGCAUGUAUAAGUGAAGCAUAUAUUUAUUCCAUCGCUAUUGUGUUUAUGAAUCUAGUUGUCUAUAUACAUGUAUUACAUUAGAAUAACCUAGCGGCCCGAUUCGUAGGCCAAUAUACACUUCAUAUUCCUUAAUUUCUUUUGUUUAUCAUAAUAAUUCAGGGAUCUGUGUCUAUGCCUUUGCUGAAUCUGUAUGAAAUAAACAUGCAUGGCACUGUUUUUAUAUAUGGAAACACCUUAAACAGUUUGAUUA